AUGUUGGACAAGGUCCUCUGUGCGGGUUUUCUUGGGAGAGUCUAUUGCAGUGACUUAGGGUUUACCCUUAUCACAUUUAACUGGUGCAUCCUGUCCCGAGACCCGCACUCCCUGGAGAAUUUAGAGUAUGCUGAGGAAUAUGCUCAUUGUGCUUCGAGACUGGACAUGAAAUUCACCACGAGGGGCCGGUUUCUGCGCAUUGCACAUUUUUUUCCCUUCAGGAACGUGUUCGGGCCCGCGGCAGGGGGCGGGGUCGCGCCUCCUCCGCUGCUGUGGUUCCAGCGGAGCCUCACCGACGCGGACAUGGAAAUCCCGAGGUUCCUCCCGGCUCGCGGGACACUACAAGGUGGCGGCGGUGGCGGCGGGCCGGCGGGCGGCCGGCAAGAUGGCGGGCCCGGGCGGCGGCGCAAGCCGACUCGCGCAGCCUCACCGGGCCCGGGCCCGAGCCUGCUGGCGCCGAGGCCCGAUCACGCUGGCGGCGGCGACGACUUCUUCCUUCUGCUGCUGGACCCGGUGGGUGGCCACGUGGAGACUGCGGGCGCCGGCCAGGCCACAGGGCCCGUGUGGAGGGAGGAGGCCGCGCCAGGCCCGGGACUCCAGGGGCGCGAGAGCGGCGCGAACCCCGCGGGCCGCCCUGAGCUGGGCCCCUGCUGCCCGUCCGCGAGCCCCGCCCCGGCCCCGGCCCCGAUCCGCCCCCCAAGCCCGGGCCCCGCCGCGGCCUUCGCUGGCACGGUCACCAUCCACAACCAAGACCUGCUGUGGCGCUUUGAGAACGGGGUCCUCACCCUGGCCACGCCCCCGCCGCCCGCCUGGGAGCCCGGGGUCGCGCCUGCCCCGCAGGUCGGGGGUCUGAUCAUCCCCCAGCCGGGGGAGCCACACGCCACUCAGCCCGGCGACUGCCCCGAGCUGCCGCCCGACCUCUUGCUGGCCGAGCCGCCUGAGCCCGCGCCUGCUCCGGCGCCCGAGGAGGGGGCGGAGAGCCUGGCCGCCGCCGAAGGUCCCCGCGGAUCACUGGGCCCAGGCUCAAGCAUGGUGCUGUACGUGUGCCCAGAGGCGCAGUGCGGGCAGACCUUCGCCAAGAAGCACCAGCUGAAGGUGCACCUGCUGACGCACAGCAGCAGCCAGGGCCAGAGGCCCUUCAAGUGUCCCCUGGGCGGCUGCGGCUGGACCUUCACCACUUCGUACAAGCUCAAGCGGCACCUGCAGUCGCACGACAAACUGCGGCCCUUUGGCUGCCCGGCGGAGGGCUGUGGCAAGAGCUUCACCACCGUGUACAACCUCAAGGCGCAUAUGAAAGGCCACGAGCAGGAGAACUCAUUCAAGUGCGAGGUGUGCGAGGAGAGUUUCCCCACGCAGGCCAAGCUGAGCGUCCACCAGCGCAGCCACUUUGAGCCAGAGAGGCCCUACCAGUGCGCGUUUUCCGGUUGCAAGAAGACGUUUAUCACAGUGAGUGCCCUGUUUUCCCAUAACCGCGCCCAUUUCAGGGAGCAGGAACUCUUUUCCUGCUCCUUUCCUGGCUGCAGCAAACAGUAUGACAAGGCCUGUAGGCUGAAAAUUCACCUUCGGAGCCACACGGGCGAGAGACCUUUCCUUUGUGACUUUGAUGGCUGUGGCUGGAACUUCACCAGCAUGUCCAAACUCUUAAGGCACAAAAGGAAACACGAGGAUGACCGGAGGUUCACGUGCCCUGUGGAAGGGUGUGGGAAAUCUUUCACCAGGGCCGAGCAUCUGAAAGGUCACAGCAUAACCCACUUGGGCACAAAGCCUUUUGUGUGCCCCGUGGAAGGCUGCUGUGCCAGGUUCUCCGCUCGCAGUAGUCUAUACAUUCACUCCAAGAAACACCUGCAGGAUGUGGACACCUGGAAAAGCCGUUGCCCAGUCUCCACUUGUAAUAAACUUUUCACAUCCAAGCACAGUAUGAAGACCCACAUGGCCAAAAGGCACAACCUCGGCCAGGACCUCUUAGCUCAGCUGGAAGCUUCGAAUUCUCUUACACCCAGCAGUGAACUUAUCAGCCAGGGACAGGGCGAUGUCAGUGAUGCAGACCUAGUACCUCUCUUUUCUGAUGUGCCUGGCAGUAGUUCUGCUGCAAUGCUGGACACGGCCUUGGUGAACUCUGGAAUCUUGACUAUUGAUGUGGCUUCUGUGAGUUCAACUCUGGCAGGGAACCUCCCUCCUAAUAAUAAUUCCUUAGGGCAGGCUAUGGACCGUCGGGCCUCGAUGGCCACCAGUGAUCUUCCUCAAAGUCUGGAUACCUCUCUCUUUUUUGGAACAACGGCCACAGGUUUUCAGCAGAGCACCUUAGAUAUGGAUGAUGUCCCAAGUGUAAGUGCAGGGCCACUGGGCUCUUUGCCUAUAAAGAACUCGAGUCAAGAGCCCCAAGCUCUGACCCCCAGCAAUAAGUUAACAGUGGACACAGAUGCUCUGACUCCUUCAAGCGCCCUUUGUGACAACAGUGUCUCAGCACUACUGACGCCAACCAAAGUGGAAUGGAACGUACAUCCUGACUCUGACUUCUUUGAACGGGAGGAAGAAACCCCGUUUGGGUUCUCCAGUCCAGCAGGAAACCAUAGUUCUCAGAAAGAAACAGAUCUUACCACAGUGACUGGCAGCGCAUUUUUGGUAUGAACUAUAGUCAUUCAUCGUCCCAUGGCUUACUUCUGUUACACUCAGUUUUGAGGAUAUUCUGGACAAAAUGUUUAAGUGCAGUCAUUUCUUACUGGUUUGCAAAAGAAUAGAUUCCCUGGACUACAAGUUGGAGAUUUAAAUUCUGAUCUUGAGUCUGGAACUGACAAGUUUUGUGACCUUGAGCAAGUCACUUAAGCCAUCUGAGCCUUAAUUUCCUUAUUUAUAAAAUGAGGGGGUUUGCAUAGAUUGUUUAUAAUGUUGUUUUCAGCUUUGUGAUUCCAUGAUUUUUUGUUCUUCUUUUGAAAAAUUUCAGGCAUUUUAACUGUGUUGCAUGUGCUUAGUUAAUGAUCAGAGAAGCAGUAUUUAAUUUAUCUUUAAAACUUUAAUAGAAAUUUUAGACAAUACCAAAAUAUUUUUAAAAACUAUUGCUGGAGCUUAAAGCAAAGAAAGCUAAAAAAUAUAAAUUUCUUCUCCUUACUUCUUGAUCAUUCUAACCUCCUUUUUUGUGAUGGGAGGAUGUAUUUUUGUUGUGGACAGUGCCUGAGAUUAGAUAUGACACAGACCCUUAGUGAAAUAUUGGCUUUGUGAUGUUGAAUAAGUGGCCUUAAAUAAGUUAUGUAGUCUAACUAAACCUUAGUUUUCUAGGUGUAAGACAGUCAUGGCAAAGUACAGGUACCAGGCCCGUCCUUUUUCUAUCCCAGUAGUUGGCCUUGGAGGGAAAAUGUUAAUGUGUUUUGGCUUGUUGGGUGAAUCUUUUAUCACCUUUCCUGUCCUUGUUCCUGCUUCCUCAAAGGAGAUAAAUUCUCAUGAUUUAACAUCACAUUUGAGUAGGCUAUAAAAGGUUAAAUAAGGGGGGAAGGGAAUCUCUUCCUUCCACAGAAUAAAAAGGAUUUUUGUCCACAUGUUCAUUAAAUCAGUUUGCUAGCGUCUUUCCUCUGUGUUUAAAGAUAAGCCUUGGAGUGACUGUGGAGCCUGUUGUUCCAUGAAAAUCUCGGAAUCCAACAUAGGGAGGUUUUCUCCUUUUUGUGUCCAGGAGAGUUCAUUGUCUGUCCUUUCCAAAAGUUGGAAGGAGAGGUCUAGUCUACAUUUUGAGUAGAUAUUGUCUGUCUUACAUGAGUAUAACAUUUUACAGCACUUUUACAACCAUUAUAGUUGACUCUCACAAUCCUGUGAUACAGUUGUGGCAAAGUCUGAACUACAACUCAUAAUAAAAUUUAGCUAACUCACAUUCUAGACGGAUUUUCCUUAGUGAGUAUUAAUUCUGUGUAUAGCUGAAAGCAAGGAGGAAAUAUUUUCACCUCUCUCUUUCCACCCAUCUGCGUUCAUGAUUUAUUUUGGUUUAUAAGCAGUUGCUCUCCUCCAGCUUAACUCUGUUCCCUCUCCACGCUACUCCCUUAUUCCCUUGCAUGUGCACAGCAGUCCUUGUCAUGUAUCUCCUUUAAAAAAAAAAUUAAUAGGUCUCUUUUUUGGUCACCGUGUUUCAGCCAUUCUCCUCACAGCCCGUUUUUCAAUUCAGAAUAUUAUUUACUGCAAGCCUGUGUGUACACUGAGAAAUUACUUUCUGGAUUCAGAUACCAAUUGGUUUAUAUAUGAGUCAGAUGAUAACAGGGAUAUUUUAUAUAAGGUUUUAGUAAGAAGUGUAUUUCUUUUUCAGUACUUUUCUAAAUUUUUCAUUGUGUAGUUCUGCUAGCAAACACUAUUAGUUGCUCUAAAACAUUCUAACACAGUAAUGUUUGCAUGUUGAUGUUAAUGGAUAAAAAUUAUAGCACUUGGCAGUGUACUUUAUAAUCUGCCACUUUGAAUGUGUCUGUAUUGUCUUUAUAAUUUUUAAAUUGUUUGUACUCAUUCAGUGAAAAAGCCAAAAAUAUACAUAAAUUUGUAAUGCAAACAAAUGGUCAGAGUUUCAUUGUGUCUAACCAUUUAACAGUUCUCCCUCAGCACUUUGGAAUGAUUUGCACACUUUAUGCCUAUUUUAGAAAUGUGUUUUCUUUAGUUAAGUCCUCUUAAAUAGAUGAUUCUUCGUGUCUUACAAAUAAGGAAUACAGAGGUCUGAGGUGAACACCCAGGUCAUAACCAUCAUAAUAACCACAAAGAUAUUUGAAAAUCCUAUCACUCAGGGUCUGUCACUCAGACCUAUUUCCUCCCGUUAAAAACUAUCAUAAACUAUACUUCUGUUCUUUUCUGUGGAAUUUUCAAAGGACAAAUUUUACUUAAAGAUAAAAAAUUUGUAAUCAUCUGUGAGCUCACACGAUUUCUUUCAGUUUGCUCAAGAGAUUUCUCUUUCAACACCAUUUUCCCAGCAUGAUGUUCAGAAGAAGCUGAAAUUACAGUAAGAAAUAUGGCUAUAAACAUAAUGGUUACAUUUCGUUGGUGCUGGUAUAAAUUUGCCAUUUUUCUUUUAGACAGUGGGGCAUGAUUUAAUUUCAUCUCUUGCCCUUUGGUCCUUGUCAGUCCUUGAUUUAUUAGAAUUUUGCCAAUUGAAAACACAAUAGCAAGAUGCCUUGUAAGAAGGUCGGCUUCUGGGGGCUCUGUUGAAUAUGUUCCUCACUAGUUAAAAUAUUGGCAUUUUUACCAGUGAUCUUAUGUUGUUGUUGUUGCUAGGCGCUGUCAAGUCGGUUUCGACUCAGUGAACCCGUGUACAACAGAACGAAAUGCUAAAAGCUUGUGUAAUAGAAGUAAAAUUUGAUAGAAUAUGAGAAUCAUUUUUUUCCCCGUGUAUUAAAUGCUUAUUUUUCCCAACCAGGAAAAAUAAGACAAAGCUUUAGUAUAACAGGUUAUUUACCACUAUUGCUUGAUUCCAGAUAAAACAAUGAUUAACUCUCUGCUUGGAAAUAUUCAGA